UCUUGUGAUGUGUAGUUGCUUCUCCAUCAUGGGCAGCCAUGGGCUUUAAUAGCACCUCAUGAAAGAACUGGGCAUAAUAACGAUGCAGCUCUUACCCAAGGUCUGCGUAGGGUAUCAUUGUGGUGCAAGGUCUCCAUAAGGGGAGGCUUUGCAUCUUCUCUAAUGAAAUCAUGGCAGAAAGGAACUGGAACCCAUUGUCCAGUAGAGGAAGCAUGGAUUGGCUUGAUAACAAAAGAGCCAAAGCACUGAGGGUCUCCAAUGAUCGGGAGGCUUUUCAGCUGAAGAAGAUUAGGCGUUCCCUUGAUUCCAUGAAGAUCAUGAAUGAGAACAUACGCAAGCAGGAGGAAAGGAAAAUGAAGAAGUGGUUCAGGAAACAGUCAUGGGCCUCCCCUUCUUCCUCCUAUAAAUCAUUGCAGUACAAGUCAUCCAGCUACCCCGAGCCUAGCCAAGAUCAAAAUACGGAAACGCGGCCGAUGUCUGGGAAAGAAUCCAUCGACAUGCCCUGCAGCCAGUUUGGUGACCACUUGUCCAAUUUCGUGAGCUUCCUACGACUCCCAACCAAAAGGAUCAUUUACGAUCGGAAGCCUUCCAAAGAUCGCACACCCUUCAGUGGAAUGGAUUUCCCCACGCAGACCAUCUCAGCCAGAAACGCCAGUGCUCCUAGAAACAGCAUUUAUAACAACCUCCCGCCCAACAGGGAAUCCAGGAAGGGGAGCGGCCCCAGGCAGCUAAACGUGGACAACAGCAUCUCGCUCCAGGAAGCUGUGGCCUUGUUCCCUUCUUUGCAAAGGCUGUCGACGAGAGGAGACAGGUUCUCACUUUCAACCCUCCAUCCUCACAAUCCCGGUGCGGGGUUCCCCACUUUGCAGAAGAAGCUCAAGAACAUGCUGGAAAAGGAACGGGAGGAAGAGAAAUUCAAGCUGCCCGAGCCGUUGCCUCCAAUUAAACCUGAGGAAAUUUUGAGUUGCAGGUAUCUUCGUUUGUCACAGAGCAACAUUGAUACCCUGUUGGAGCUCUGUAAGGAAUCGGGGAUUUACAUAGACUUGCAUCCGCACAUGAAAGAAUCGGACAUUGAUGUCAGCACUGUGCUCUCGUCCACCACCACUAGGUCAUUGUAGACUCUCUAAGUCUUAAAGCGCCCAUCUGGUAGCUUUUAGGUGAUGCGCUGCUUUGGAAACAAGCAUUCAGACUGUUGUUUUUUACUGGCAUUCAUACUUAGGAGAGCUCGUUGGGGGACGAAAGACCAGAUGGGGAAUUAGGACCUCGUUGUUGGAAUUAGCACUGCUAUGAUAACAUGUAUCUUGUGCUCACCCUGAGUAAAACUGCAAGCUGAAAAUGUUUUCUUCUUGUUUGA